CGCCAUCUCCCCAUCGUCCAUCCCGCGUUGCUCUGCUCAUCACUCCAUCAACCAUCAACGCCACUCUACACCCCUCGACAGUUGGGCUUGGGACAGCGCCAUGGCCACGUCAGCGCGCCCCCUCGCGGUUCCGGCCAAGCCGAGCAAGUCGAGUCAACACCUGCACCCAUCCUACGGCUCGCCGCAUUUGCCACCGCCCACUCCCUCCUACCACUCAAACUCGUCCCUCGGCAGCCACCAGGAAAUGGACACGCUCGAGCUCUCCCCCGGCGUUGGGCUGGGGCCCUUUGUGCUCGGCGAUACCCUGUGGCACGUCCUCGACCUCCUGCGGAGCCGGAAGACGGAGGUGCCCAAGAUCGACGUGUCAUGGGAUCCAGACAAUGCUCCACGCACCUCUGUGACAGUACAUGCGGGCGCGCUUGCCCUCCUCUUCCCAUCGCCGGCGCAGCGACUCUCGCACAUCGUAGUGACUGACUUGGGCGACGUCACGCUCACAUACGAAGGGACGGUGUUGUCAUCGCCUCCUCGCCCUCUGACUCGCGCCGGCGUCGCGUACGCCCUCGGACCAACGUUCAAUGACGGCACGCCGCGGCUUGCGUACCCUGGCCUCGCGUUGGAAUCGGCCGGUGGCGAACGCGACGACCGCGUCACAACUGUUAACAUCAUGCCACGUGAUGGCGAGCAGCCUGUCGGCGAGGAUGGGUUGCGAAAAUGCUCCAUCAAGCCUGGACGUGGAGCAACCCUAACCUUCACCCACGAUGUGACCAUCACACUUGGCGAGACAACAGCGCAAGACGUGCUUCUCGACCUCGGCCCGCCGCUGCGCAAGUACUGGCGCGAAGACGAGCGCCUCGAUCGAGUGUGGGGCCCGUCCCGCCGAGUGCCGCCAGGGCACGACGCGACCUCCCCUAGCGCCUGCUUCUGGAACUACCUGCAGUAUGGGCUCGAUCUGCUCGUGGUCGACGGCGUCGUAACCAAACUUAUCGCAUACUCUAACAUCCCUGGAACACCCAUGUUCCAGCAGUAUGCGCGCUGCCCUUGGGAAGUGGAGACGGGGUCCAAACCGCUUGAUCUGACCGCACCACUAUCUACGUUCCGGUCAGAAUUGGGCUCGUCACCCCUUGCCGCACCCGUUGAAGGGGAAACACAGUCGGCGAGAAAGGGCAAGAAGGGGAAGGGCGGGGAUCGAGCCAACAACACGUCGCCCGCCUCCGAGCCGGAUGCUAUGGUUCUUGAUCGCUCUGUUGAGGGCGGGCUGGAGGGCGUCGUGGGUCUCAGCCGCUCACAGCUUAUCGGGCUGGAUGGACUAGUGCUGGAAGUCGACGAGGGGAGUGGAGGUAUAGCCUCCGUUCAGGUCUUCAAGGCCACCAACUAGUAUCAAUGAUCUCGGGAUCAGAGUGUUCCAAGAGGAGGCGGAUUUCGCCUGCCACCUCUACGCUGUUGUAACAUAUGCAUGCAUCUUGGAGCUUUACUUGCCUGA